CUCAACGCCCCCACCCAAAAUACACUCCGUUGCUCGGCGCGACACGAUGAUGGGCCCCCCGACGGCUGCCGACAAGGCCAACACCGUCCCCAUCCACAUCAGGUCACACACAGAUGAGGGACUGUCCUCCUCGGGUCUCUCUCCUUAAGACUGCCACUGCCUCCUGCAUCUGCAGGGAGUUCCUGCGCACCAGCCACCCCGUCACAUCGCCAUAUUGGUGUGUAGUUACAUGGCCUGGGCUCAUCUGCAAUGGUGCGUGUCAUGCCAUCUGCAAUGGCUGCAGGUGGCGAAGCCCGUCCCCUGGCGAGGUACGUCGUAAGGCUGACGAGGAGCGGCCCGCCACGCCGCCUCCCCCACACCUCAAGGGCGUCCCGCGCUCAGGCGUCUUCUCACAUCAGGCACGCCACACGUACACUAACAGUCAGGCGUCUCACGCGUGCCUAGCUGCCCUUCUCCCUCCCUCCUUGUUGCUUUCGCCUUCAACGUGCAGAAGUGGCCUCAGUACCUGACGACCUACCAGGUGGCGUACAGCCCCUUUGGACACUUCAAGCCGUGGGACGAGGAGAAACCUGGAAGCAUCCCGGGAUACAGGUGGGUGGGUGCGUCAGGCAUAUCAUUGUGUUGAUUGACGAAGGGAGGGAGGGAGGGAUUGAUGUCGCACAGGCAUACUUGUGUGAGUGUGUUGAUGUUGUUGUAUGCAGUGGGUAUCUGCCUGGCAAGGAGGCUGGCAAUGUCAUAGGGAAGACGUACUGCAAGGCGCGGGACGCCGCGAUCGAGGGUCUGAGGAAGACGCGGCAGGCCAUCAUCUACCAGCAGCAGGACACCAAUGGCGAAGACUGCUGACAGACAAGAUGACCACACCCAUCCAUCACACCAGAUCCAUCCAGCUUUUGAUGUACGUGUUGAGAGAGAGGAACCUGACUGGCAUACACAGCACAGCACAGCGCGGCCAUUGCUGCAUCCACAUGGCUUGAGUGAGACAUGUAUGUCGAUCGCACCGCACCAGACCUGAGUGAAUGAAUGAUCCAAG